AUGCCCAAGAGUGAGGAAACUGUACUCCAAAAUGAUCCCAAUGAAGCAAAGUGUGGAGCCCAUAAUUCUGAAACAUCAGAGAAGAACCAAGAAGAGGAAGACUUCUGUUUAAAUAACGACUCUCCUCGUCUAAUAGAAACAAUUAACGAAGUUUCCAGGAUGAGCAUUGCUCAUGAAAUCAUGGUAAACCAAGAUUUCUACAUGGAAGAGAAUGUUUUAUCUCCAAACAGUCUGGAAGACAGGUUCAUGGAGACAUUGUACAAUGUUUUUUGGGACCAUUUAAGAGAACAACUGUUGAGUAAUCCUCCCAAAUUCACUUGUGCUCUUGAACUUAUGACAGAAGUUAAGGAGGUUUUGCUAUCACUGCUAUUACCACGCCACAUCCGCCUAAAAAAUGAGAUUAAAGACGUUCUGGACAUGGAUCCUCAAGAAGCAGAAUGUGGAGCCCUAGACGUCUCUCGUCUCUCUAGCUACACUCUUAGUUUGAUGACCCUGCUAUGUGCACCAGUCCGAGAUGAAGCAGUAAAGAAACUACAGAGCAUAACAGACCCAGCACAGUUACUGAGGGGCAGCUUCCAUGUUCUGGGCCUAAUGAAAAUGGACAUGGCGAACUACACCAUCCAGAGCAUUCGACCCUACCUGCAGGAAUAUUCCAUCCAUUGUGAAAGAGCUAAAUUCCAGGAACUCCUUGACAAACAACCCAAUCUCCUUGAUUACACCAAGAAAUGGCUAACCAAAGCAGCCACAGACCUCAUUACACCAUGUCUGAAUGCUCCUGACAUCCCCAGCUCCUCCAGCAUGGCCUGUUCACCUCCAGACAAGGCAGACUCUGCUGAUGGACAGAAUCCGGGUCCAGGAAAUGGGGUCCCAUUUGCGCCACUUGACUAUAUUGGCCUCAGUCUUACGAGUGACUAG